UCUGAUCUAGCAGCAGAGCUCACCAAAAAAAUGGAGGUUUUGGAAAAACUUGAGAAAGGUGCCACUGAAGUUGAAAACAGACUUCAGGAGUAUGAGGAGGUAAUAAAGGGACAUAUUAUAACUCACACGUUGUGUUUAAACCUUGUACUGGAAACACUAAAACAUGGAUACUGGCAAAUAAUUCGGCCAAUAUGGAAACUAACAGUGACAGAGAAACAAAUGGCAAUGUUGCCAUUUGUCAGUAAGGAGGGGCUAAGCAAAUACACAACGCCUCUACAGAUUGACCAAACAGAGAAGCAACAAAGUACAACAAUCAAGUGUCUGAGACGACAGCUUAAGACAGCAAAAAGGUCAAUCUUCGUAUCAAGGUAUGACUCGAAUGCACUUGAUUUGUUGCCUUCUUAA